GAAAGUCUAGUGUAGCAUCAAGUCUAUCUCCAUAUUCGUCAGCCGCUAGUGUGGAUGAGUGACACGCUGAUUACUUGAUCCCAUCUGAUGAAAUUAUCAAAGGAUAGUCAACAUUGAAAUCCUAACAUAUUAUUGGCAUUUUUUACCACGUUUUUACGACUUUGGAAUUCCAAUUUGUCAAUCAUCCUGUGAGACAUUGCCAUUCCUUCAAAAGUACCAGUUACGAUAAUAUUUUAAUUUAAGAAAAAAAUAUGAAAAUCAAAUAAACGGUUUGUAAAAAAAUAAAGCAUAAUUUAAUUAAUAAAAACAGCGUAAAUAUUAACCAUCAAACUGGCCAAAAGAAGAGCAACAAGUUACACACCAAAUUCUUCUUUCAUUUUUUUCCCCGUUAGAGGGAGCUUGUAGCGUCGUCGUUGUUGUCAUUUAAGCCCAAGCCUUUCAUGGCUGACGUUUCAUGUUGUUUCGAUUAACACUUAUCUGAAAAUUUCUUUUGUUUUGUUUGUUUUUGUUUACAUAUUAGUCGAAGUAAUGCGAUUCUCUCUGACAUUAGUACUGUAGGGUUAAUCGCUUGAAAAGCAGCUAGGAUUUGUGUUCUUUUUUUUUCUGUUUACCGAAUCGCUUCUGCAGAAUAUGGCUGCACAAUGGCAGCUUCAUCACCUCUUGCAAUGGCUUCACAAGUUCAAUUUGGAAUCACCACAGCCUGAUGCUGCCAGUUUGAGUGAUGGGGUCACUGUAGCAAAAGUCCUGAAUUUAAUUGAUCCCCCAUGGUUCAAUGAUACCUGGCUUUCAAAAAUCAAGGAAAAUGUAACUUCCAACAAAAUAUUAAAGGUUAGCAACUGGAAAAAAGUAUUGGAGCGACUUGUUGACUAUUACGAGGUCCAUCUGGGGCAACGUUUAUCUGGCUUCACCAUGCCAGACGUCAGCAAGAUAGGUGAAAAUGAAGACGAAGCGGAACUGUGCAGACUUUUGCAGCUAGUGUUAGGCUGUGCUGUUCACUGUGAGCGCCAAGAAGAGUUCAUCCAGGCAAUCCUGCAGAUGGAAGAAGAUGUCCAGCGAGGAAUUAUGGCUGCUAUCCAGGGGCUACCUGGCAUCGACGAGCUGGCUGGAGGUUCCUUAGUUCCCAACGCAGAUUCGUUGGCUGUAAUGGCCGGACGUAGCCCGAACCAAACCACUGGCACAGGAUUUCACAAUCUGAUGGCACAACUUGAAGCGGCCAACGAAGAGAAGAAGCUACUGGCCAAGGAACGUCAGCAGCUCAAUUUACAGAUAUCAACUUUGCAAGACGAGAUCCAACACUUGCAAUCUGAAGUCGAGUCGCUGCGAUCAGGUGGUGUGCCGUUAGAGAGUUUGGACAGGUCCGACGGAGGCAAUCCGUCCGCAUUGAUGCAGAAACGCGAGAUUGUCCGCCUGACGGAAGAGCUUCUCAGAUCGGAUUCUGCACGGGAAGAGGUCCGACUUCGUAACGAAGUUCUUGAGCAAGAGCUGGCGAGGUUGCGUAUGCGACAGGACGAUCUACAGAGCGCUGCCGAACAAACCCGUAGCCUAAAGGACGAAGUGGACAUUCUUCGCGAGAGAUCGGCUCGACUCGAAAACGCCCAGUCGACCAUUGAUAGCAUGCGCCGCAAAGUGGAAGAAGGCAACGAACUUAAACGCCAGUUGCGCAAGCUCGAAGAGAAAAACAGCCAAUACAUUCAGCAAAACAUGGAAUUGGAGGAGGAGUUGAAAAAGCUUGGGCCCUGGAAAUCUCAACUGGAAUUGCAGAGGAAGCAAAUAGCUGAAGUCCAGAGUGCGCUCGAUGAAGAACGUCGGCGAGCAGACAAGUUUGAACUGCAACACAAGAACAUCGUGGAGCGUAACGAAGCCCUAACUCUGGAAAAAGAGCGCUUGAUCGUGGAGCGUGACAAGCUUGUUGAGCUAAAUGAAGAAUUCAAGUUUACGCAAUUGAACAACGGGGCCAUGAUGCCUCAAGACGGCUCGCCUUCCACCACAGGGGUCGACACACUCGACAUGAUCCCGCCCGACAUUAAAGAGAAGCUGUUGAGGCUGCAGCACGAAAACCGUUUGCUGAAGGAGAAGAAGAAUGGCGGCCAGGACGAGGCGGAGGUACUGAUGACGGUCAACGCGAGUCUCCUGGAACGCAUCACUUGCCUAGAAGCCGAGAACAGGUGCACAUGUCGGGUCUGCCCGCCACGAAAAUCCUUAGUAGAGUGUCAGAUGAAGCCCUUGGUGACAUCGGGCAGUAUCGUGGCUAGUAUCAAGGCCAAAUUGGCCAGCAAACCCGUUUUCGCUGGCUCACUGAUGGCUAAGAACACAAUCACCAAUGGUUCCCAAACUUUAUCUCUCCACGGAUCGUCGUCUUGUUCUCAGCUGAGCUCUUGCAAUCGUGUGACCACGUCCGGCGCGCCAAUGGCAAGCGAGUCGGCCCCGGUCGAAUCGAAAGCCACUGUUAGUCGCGUGGAGCGCCUUAAAGACGCGUUUUUGAAUAGCGACAGCUCCAGUUGCGCCCAAGUCGUUCCCCAGUCGAGUUCUGUCCAAUCUCGAGUGUAUUGCCGUUCAGUCAGUUACGGUUACGACAAAGCGAUAGCUUUUGGUGGUCCCAUUACUACUACUACUACUCCCACGCCCACCAGUUCCCAGACGAUUUUCUCAGCCGACAGAAAGUGGGGCAGUUCCGAAAGCGAGACCCGGCAAUUAGAAACGGCGCUACCGUUAACCAGCGGCGGCCUAGGCAGCAGCCGCAACAGUCUCCUCCGUCUCGCCAGUCUACCGCAUCGAAGAGAAAGUGAUCCAGCCUUGUCCAAAAUGGAAGUCAACGGAAAUAGCUUCCAUCCAGCUCAGCCCCACAAGCCACCGCCGCCGCCGGUCGAGGCCGUAGUCAUCACCCGGGACUCGUCCCCGCGUGAUGAGACGGAUUCCGGCUACCGCGGUGGGGAUUCGAUUCAUUACGAAGAGUCGACCUCUUCGCCCCGUUAUUCGCCCAGCAGCAGCCACCAUUUCGAUGACGGGAUUAUGAUCGAUUUCAACCCCAUACCUUACAAGAAAGACAUUGGUGGCAGUGGGGCGGGAUUGCUGCGCUCGCCUCCCGACGAUUCCAUCGAGAUUGACGUCUCUUUCCACGACGGAAGAGCCUCGUUUGAUAGCGAAUCCGUUUCAGUCUCUUCUUUCUCCAUCAUCAGCGAAACGAUCGCCAGCUCCGAUCGCUCGUUUGAUCGAUCCCAAUCGCUUCUGCUGACUCCGCGCUCUUCCGCCAACCGCAAUUCGGACGACACGUGUUCGCGGAAGAGUUUCGGAAAGUCGCUCAAGAAGCGUAAAAUGUUCAAAGCGGCCGCCAACGCAAUGUUCUCCCUUUGCGGCCCUUGAGACCAAAAAAAAACAAACAGACCAACCACUAUUCUCACGACCUACAAAGAUUCUUCCUUACUGUAUUUUUUUAAAAAUACCGUUUGCUCAUUGCAUGUGUCUUAACUCAAUUCCCACUAAACGCAACAAGUAUGGCGCUCAAAGUCGAUUAGCAGCUACGAGGCCUGAGAGAUUUUUUCACGAUUAAAACGACUGCAAAAGUCGUCCACUUAUACGUGCCAUAUCAGUAGACAUUCCGAAUUUUUUUUUCUUGCAAUAUUUACUCAAGGAAUCGUGUGUAGUAAAGCGAAUGGAGACUUUUCAUUAAGGUUGAGAACGAAAGCAGGUAACAGGGUUGUGCUCGUAAAGAAAACAGAAAUAUUUUUUAGAAAAAAAAAACCAAAAUGUUCGCUAGCUGUGUGGUCGGUGCGCGAGUA